UCAAAUUCGUACAGGGAAUGGGUACAUUCUGUCAAGCGUUCGUAUUUGCCGCCAUUUUUGGCGUGGCGUUUUCGUUCGAAAAUACGCAAACAGUUCAUACGGCCGAGGGUAAAAUUGAGGGUAGUUUGUCUGAUAACGGUAUUUACUAUGAAUACCUCGGUAUUAGGUAUGGUGUUCCGGUUAAAUUUCGGGCUCCAUUACCGCCACCUAAAUUCUCCGGCGUCUACAAAGCUGACAACCGUAACAUCCUCUGCCCCCAAUUCCCAACACACGACCCCUUAGCUGCCCCCAGCGACAAUGAAGACUGCCUUGUCCUCAACGUAUACGUACCAUCCUUCUUAAACACCACAUUCCCAGUGAUGGUAUUCCUCCACGGCGGAGAUUUUGGAGUGGGAUCCAGCUCAUCAACCUUUUACGGACCUGAAUACCUCCUCAGCCACGGAGUUAUAGUGGUCACAGUCAACUAUAGGUUAAACGUGUACGGCUUCCUAAACUUGGGCAUCAAGGAAGCUCCUGGAAACGCUGGCCUUAAGGACAUAAGAGCAGCUUUAAGAUGGAUAAAGAAGAAUAUAGCAAACUUCAAUGGGGAUCCAGAUAAUGUGACUGUUUUUGGCCAAGGAAGCGGCGGUUUGGCAGCUAUUUAUUUGACUCUGACAGAUAGUACCAAGGGCUUAUUCAACAAGAUUAUCUCCGAAAGCGGAACACCAUUCACGCCUCAUUCUUUCGAUCCAAACCCAUUAUCUACAGCCAGUAACUUGGCCAAAUCUUUGGGCGUUAAAACCAAGAAGGUGAAGAAACUUCUCGAGCUUUAUACAGACUCGCCGAUAAACAAAGUAGAGGAAGCUAUCGGUAAGCAAAUGAACGCAAAAUCGUAUUUCUUGCCUUCCGUCGAGGAUGUGUUCGAUGACGAAGAACCAUUUUUAACUGACACCCCAUACAACAUACUGUCCGCCGGUACGGAACAUAAAUCUUUUAAUCCCGUACCUAUUAUAAUUGGUAUAAAUACUGUAGAAGGAUUAACAAGUACAUUGGAUUAUUAUACUAUUACCAGUCAGAUGGACAGGAUCAAAAAUGAAGACUACACAGCAUUAGAUCAAAGAUGCCUGAUCAUACCAGACGGUGAGAAAGAGGAAUUUCGGAAUACGAUUAAAGAGACGUACUUCACAAAUAUAACUUCUGACGAGGCUUUGGUCGGUGGCAUUAUAAAUUUGAACACAGAUUUCUCGUUCGUCGGACCAAUGUCACUGUUUUCGGAACUUUACACUAAUGGUACUGAUCAACCAAUCUUCGAGUAUAUCUUCAGUUAUAUAGGUAACAGGAAUCUUGGAAGAUUGUUGACGAAUAGUAGUUUGCCAGCAACCGCGAACCGGGAUGAGCUGUUCUACGUCUUCGAAUUGGAACGGAUGCCUUUGCCGAUGGAUGAAAAUGACGCAAGAAUCGUCACUUUUAUGACCAUGAUGUGGACGAAUUUCGCUAAGUUUGGAUCACCAACACCAGACCCCAGUAACGGCGAAUGGCUACCGUAUCCCCACCAUUUAGAAAUAAACCUCGAACCGCAAUACGUGGCUCCGCUCACACCUGACAGGGCUUAUUUUUGGCGCCAUUUCUACUACAAAUAUGGCGCCGACAUACCAAAAGAAUAACGUAACAUAAAAAAUAUAUAACUAGUGUUGUAAUAAUUUAUUAUUGUUGUUAAUAAAAUUUUACUUGGGUUUUUAUCUUUCGUU